CAGGUGUCAAGACAAGCAGAAAUUAUUACAUUCUUCGAAGUAACGACUAACGAGUUCCAUGACGUUAACCUGUCAUGAAAAAUAUUUCUUGAGAAUACAAGCAAAGAAAAGAAAUGCUACAAGAAAAACAAUAAUCUUUGACUUCAAAAGGAAAAAUAAUCGUUCAAAACCCAAAAACAAAAACACUAACUUUAUAAAGGAAUUGUAACUCCCUUUCUUUUUUCGUACUUCAGAGCUCAAAAGCAAAAGGGCUUCCAACCGAAGGAAUCUAAUGGGGUCAAUUGACUUUAUUAUGGUAUUAGAUACCCAUUUCUUUUUUGGUGCUGUUUGUAAGCAGUCCGAAAAAAAGCAUAACCCUAGGAAAGAAGACUUCAAAAGAAGUUGCUGUUUUUUGAGUUCGAUCGGUAAUGAAAAUGGAGGAAGGCAUGCAGCUGAUUGAUGGGAAUGGCAAGUUCAACGUGGAAGGGCUCAAAGACUUCAUGACAGCCACUGAGUUUGCCCAGGGCGUUCUCUCCUAUGCUAUUGUUGCCAUCAUUGGCCCACAAAGCAGCGGGAAGAGCACCCUGAUGAAUCAUGUCUUCGGUACCAAUUUCAAGAUGCUGGAUGCAUACAAACGAAGAGGUCAAACAACCAAGGGCAUUUGGAUUGCCAAGUGUAAUGAUAUGAAGCCUUUCACAAUUGCCAUGGAUUUCGAGGGAACCGACAGCAAUGCGAGAGGCGAGGACAACACUGCGUUCGAGAGACAAAGUGCCUUGUUUGCUUUGGCAAUUGCUGACAUUAUAUUGAUUAACAUGUGGUAUAAAGACAUCGGUCUGGAACAUGCAGCCAGCAGACCCCUUUUGAAAACAGCUUUCCAGGUCAUGAAGCGUUUAUUCAAGCCCCGUAAAAGAACAUUGCUAUUUGUUAUACGUGAUCACUCAAAGACUCCAUUUGAAUAUUUGGAGACUGCUCUCAAAGAAGAUAUAGAUAAGAUAUGGGAUUCUGUUGCUGAACCUGAGACUUCCAGAAGUGUUGUUCUCAGUGAUUUUUUAAUGUGGAGAUCGCUGCUUUGUCUAGCUAUGACUUUGAAGAGGAGAAUUUCAAAGAGCAGGUUGCUCGUCUGAGGCAGCGGUUCAUUUCUCCAGGAGGUCGUACUGAUCAGAGGGAAGCUGAACCUGCUUCAGGAUUUUUUAUCCGUGCAGAGAACAUAUGGAAAACCAUAAAAGAUAACAAGGAUCUAGAUCUCCCUGCUCUUAAGGUGAUGGUCGCUACUGUUCGAUGUGAAGAGAUUGCCGAGGAGAAGCUCAGACAAUUUACUACUGAUGAU